GUGGAAUAAUUAAUUUUUUCAUGCGCUGCUGAUGUAAACUCGGAGUAUUUUUGCACAAUUCUAGAAGCCUUCUAGAAGCCUUCCAGAAGCAAGGUCGCAAGCACGCACAUUUUGUCGGGAAGUCUCCAUCGGUGAACGGAAGAAUCAUUUUUGUCGACAGAAGCAAUUUUGCUUCCUGAUCAUCCAGUUUCGAUCAGGUUUUCGAAUGUGUGAAAAGAUCAAACAAUCACGCUCGUGCGACACAAUAGCAACAAAGCACUGAGGCAACGACAAAUCAAAUGGCAAUGCGCGGUGUAUUUCACGAGCUAAUGAUAGGUAUGUUGCUUUAAAAGUGAUUUUCAAUAAGUCUUUUUAACUCCGUGGCUUAAAGAAUCUAUUGAGGUCGAUGAUUUGUAACUUCUAAAAUCUGUCAAUUGCAAACGAAAUCUUCCCGUCACGCCAGAACACCGAAAACGCGUUUGUUGCGAAUCUUGUUUAAAUCACGCGUGGUCUUGGAGCUGGACUUUUCUCAUCAAAGAAAACACUUUAAAGCUCUACACAAGUGCAUAACUGUUCUUCCUUCCGGCUGUGAACAUUUUUUUUCAUAGCAACAAUAUUUCUGUCGUUUUUAUGGAUGAAAACAUGUCACUUGUCACGAAUGGUUUUCUUCACAACGUUUUCAACCACAAGAAAGACGGUUCGAGUGAUCUUGUUAGCUUAUCAGCCAAAUAAAAAAAUACCCUAAGAUUUGCUCAAAUUUUGCAUUUCUUCUUUCCAAUAAAACACAAAAAGUUAACUUUAUAGGGACUGUGAAGCUGACGAAAAAUCAGGAAGAAGGUGUUUGGGUCAAUUUUCUUUAGCUCUGAAUAUUAAGAGCGAAACUUGACAGGGUUAUUUUUGUUGUCAUUUGCCGACAAGUCAACAGAUCGCAGUGUUUGAUAUGUGUACUUUGUCUAUUUGCAAUUUGACACUAGCCAAACGUAUACAGGCCGAUGGUGCAAGGCUUCUAUCGUUACGAUGAAGGUUUAGUUUUCAAUUUGUAAGUUCCCGACUUUCUUUUCCUCAGGCAAUAAAGUGAGCCGCUAUAACUCGUUAGAUUUUGUUGAUAAUAAUUCGCAUUUUGAACUGAAAUGGAAAAAGGCACCACGUAGUGUUAAGGACGAAAGAGGCAUUUGUUUGGAAGCAAUACGUGAUCAAGGAAGGGGAAAGAGGUAUCAUGAAGCUUCCUGCAACAUUCAGGUACUAAUAUUGUUUAUAUUUUGGUAAUGUUCUCUCGUAUUUCAUGAGUUUAUUGUACUUCGUACUUGAGAAUCUCAAAACAAUAUACAUUUAGACGUUUUAAAUUGAAUUUCUUCGAGGAGUGUCGCAAUGGUGUGGUGGGCGAUCGACGAUCGCUUUUCUAUCGAGAUUAUCACAAUAGAAAUUCAGUCACGUUUUUCGGAUGUAAACACGUGUACGCUCAGAAGGUCAGAAUGUAUAUUGUGCAUGAACUUGUAAAUUCAUCCAUUAUGUGCAAAUAUUUUGUUCUCGUUGUAUCGAUUGCUCAAUAACACCUCCGUCAGCCUUUUCAGUACAGGCAUUGGUCCUUUUUUUUUUAAGUUGGAAUGCAUGUGGAAAGGUCACCAACAUGAAAGGUGACAGCUCUGCAUAUUUUCAGCGUAUUAAAAGAUUGAUGUUUACCGUGAAACUGUCGCUUUGUUGUUAUUCCCUUUAUCCGUUGUUCUAUUUAUUUGAAAACUUUCUUUGUGGUGAUCGUAGCUCCUGCCUUUUUCCAAGUUUCAUUGUUGCUUGAAUUACUCAGAGCACUUAGACGCAUUUGACCUCAUUGCUAAAAAUUUAAUUAACAAGAGAGAUUCAUGAGAAAAUCAUUCAUUGGAAUGUAUAGGGGAUAUGACUUUUUAGGAUUCAUCUUCACUACUUAAGCAUUUCAACCAGGAUAGUUAUUCAACGGAAAGAAAUGAAAACUAGAUUCUAGAGUUCCAAAAAUAAUUUACUUUCUGAGAUCUUAAAAAAAUUUCAAAGAUCCGUGACCGGAACCUAUAAUAGACAUUGUAAUAUUAAAUAGUUGACUAACAGAGAGAUUGUUUUUAAAAUAAUUGAUUAGUUUUUUAGGGUUGAAUUAAAGCGCACAGGUUCUUAAAUGUAUGCAUCCGAAUGAUUUUAAAUUUUAUUGUCUCUUGAGGUGAUACUAAUGUUACGACUUUAGAUAAAGUUCAGAAAUAAUGGUGUGCAGUAGAAUGUGACUCGAAAUUGAUCUUAAGUUGGACAAAUUUAAACUUAAAUAAUCUCUCUUAGAACAAAUCGUACGAAGAGUCUGAAACUUUGUGGUCAAAAUGACAAUGCGUUUACCACAACAACUUUUUGGUUGAAAAUUCACACAAUUUGUAGGGCCACACUCAACUAAUAAUUGUAUUAAAACUUCAUUCAUUUUUCUCCUGCUAGAAAUACUGUUAAAUGUUGCUGCCUUAAUUUUGUAACUUAACUGAGAGCACUUUGUGGGAUUUUUGGAUUGAUCUUGAACACUAGUGAUUGCAUCUUGAAAUUUACUCAAAAAGUCACUUUCUCAUAAAUUGAAGGACGUAAGCUCCCUUCUUACAAAUCUAGAUUUUUUUCCUUUGACCUCUCUUGUAUUUUUUCCUCUUCUUUUUCUUUUUUUCUCUUCCUUUUGCUUUCAUUUUUCAAACUCCUUAAAGAAUUUUGUGCCAUUUUGGUUUCAUGUGUUGUUUCAGAGUCCUUACCCAACAGUGAUAGGUGAUUUCAUCACAUCCCCUUUAUUCCUUCAUUUCUUCAUUGCAUUGUUUAAAUUAGUUUUCACCAUCAAAAUACUCAGCAACCAUUCUUUUUGUUGAUACUUGAACUGUGAAAAUUGACCAAUACAAUAAUUUUUUUCUUUAAAAGGGACACAACCAUAAAUAUAAGACAAUGUACGUAAACAUGUUAGGUUUUUUUUUGUUACUUUUAUUUUUGAUACCUUUGCAUAUUGUUGUUAAUUAUGAGCUUUAAUUUCUUACAAAGCAGACUUACAGAAUGUUAACCUACACCAGUAAUUUCACCCUAACACCACCAUCAGCAGCAGCAGCAGCAGCAGGGGGCAAGAUCAAGAUGCAGGACAGUAGCAAUCAUCCUGCUACAAUGGUGGCCAUGAUUCUGCCAGCAGCUGUAUGUUUAGUGGUGGUGAUUGCCUUGCUGUUGUAUCAUUACUAUAGGAGAGCAUCAGGACCAGUCUGGAUACCUAAGGUAUUAAUGAACUCGAGUCAUGUACUUGCAAAUUAUGUGUCUUGAAGGAAUUAUGUCAUGUAUCUAUUAGAGGGACUACUGGUAUUACUGUGAAACUGAGAAAACCAUGACACCAGAAAUAUUUGUGUAAAGGCCCUUGUAUACAAGAAUAGAGCCACUGAGACAUAAGAAAACUAAUGGCAAACAGCCACAUAGUUACUUUGUGGUUUUUAAGUUUGCUUGCAUGUAUGGCGGCAGAAGGCUGGGAAGAGAAAAAUGUGCAUAUCAAGGUGGCAAGUGAUGGUCAAAAUGAAGGAGAGGGGAAGGGGUGGGGUAUCUGGCCUUUCCUCUUCCCUUCCCCCUUCAGUCCACUCUAACUCUAGAUCAAACAUGGCAAGUCAAAUAAACAAUUGGUAGCUUGUAACCUUAAUUGGAAGUGAUAAUAUGUGAAUAUGAAAGUGAUCUUCGCAGUUAUAAACACUACUUAAGCAGUAGUGAAAAGAAGGCCUGAAAAAAAUUCAGGCCUGUAUGGGAUUUGAACCCAUGACCUCUGCGAUACUGGUGCAGUGCUCUACCAACUGAGCUAACAAGCCAACAGGGAGCUGGUCACUGUGUUGGUUCCAAAUAAACCCAUGAAGUGGUGAAUAAAUGGCUGUGAAUAUAUGAAAGUCACAUAUUUGAACUGCGGAUAAAGACGUGAAUAUGAAAGCGAUCUUCACAGUUAUGAACAUUGCUUAAGCAGUAGUAAAAAGAAGGCCUGAAAAAAAAAUCCCAUUUUUUCAGGCCUUCUUUUCAUAUUCAUGUCUUUAUCUGCAGUUCAAAUAUAUGACUUUCAUGUAUUUGCAGCCAGUGAUAAUAUGCUUGCACAGCAGGCUAUUGCUAUAGGUCACCAUAUAAUUGAUCUGUUAGAGUCUACACAUAUGCUCUCAAAUUGCUGAGUUUCACAGUUAUAUCUUAUUUUUUAAUUUUUUUAUUUGUAAUUUCAAUUGCUUGAAUUGUUUCAUCUCCAAAUUAGUUGUUAAUCAUGUAAUCAUAUGAAGAUGAAAAUAUGGUUUAUAUAGAGUAUCUCAAAAUGUUAGGUCAUAUCAUUCAAAAACACACUGUUUGCGAUCAAUUUGUCAAAGACAUGGACGCAUUUGUUUCUUGAAAAAAUAUAAAGAAUUCUAAAGAAACUCCUUCUAUGAUCUUGGUCAAAUUAACCAUUAAAACUGGGUUGUCAUGGAAACUUUGUGUCAUUCAAUAAACAAUUUUCACUUUCAAAGGCUCAGUCUGCAUGGUAACUUUGAUCUUCCUUGCUGCUCAGGCUGAAUUAAAAUAAGUGGUAUAAAAGUAUCAAAUUGGAUUUUAAUUUGCUUUGAGCCUUGUUUAACAUCUAGUUGAACUGCGCCCUUUUUAUGGAACUUUUUGAUUUACGGCAAAAAUGCUGAGAUAGCAGUUUUAUGUUCGUCGGAGAAAUCUUCGCGAAAAAGCUUAGAAUGCAAAAUUAACUACCUUAUUGUGUUUCAUUGGAUAGGCUUGUAGUACCUUGGUAUGUUAGAUAUUUGUAGUGCUAUCAGAAAAGUAAACAACGACCUGGUCACUUUUUAACUUUACCUUUGGUGACACAAUUUGCAUUUGUAUAAAGCUAUUGUUUUGGUCGUACACUACUCAUUACAACGUGUUUACCGUCUUUUGGUUUCGCUAGCUGUAAAAUCUGCGAUCUUGUCUCCACUUCUAAAAACGAAGACUCGGACUGGUUCUAUUUUGUACUUUUGUCGAGUACGGGAAAAUCUGGGCUUAAUUUGAAAUCGGAAAGAAGCCACGAUACGUUUUGUUCGUAGAAGAUCUGUAACCAGAGAUGAAAUCUGUCGGUACCGAGUGCUGCAGUACAUUUGUAUCGAGAGACGAGUUGUCAUAUAAUUGGGAGAAAGAUGCACUUUUAUUCAAUAACGUUUGACUUUGGAAUGAAAAAGAACAUUGGCAGCACUGGAAACAGAUCACGCAAUGUGUACGGUAUGUUUGAAUGUCCAAAUAAAUUAAAAAAUGUCUUUCAUCUGUUCACGUGAAGCAAUGUUAGCGUCUCUCGAGAUUAGAUAGGUGCGUUACAGUUUUUACAGCUAAGAUUUUAACAGGCUUAGUUAGUAAAAGAAGCAGGCCAUAUUUACACCAAAUGAAGAAGAAUACAUCAGCGAUAAAGAUAAUUUCUUGUGAAAUAACUGAGUGAAAGGUAUUUUCAUUUCCAUCAAUGUGUUUUCUAACAUAUUUGAAGAUGUCGCAACGAAUAUUUUUCGUUUACUACUACUGAAAUAAUGAAAGUACAAUUUAUUUAACUUAAUGGUUUCCUUACAGCUGGGUGGGAUAAGUAGUUUUUCCAAGCAAUUAUUGAAAGGUUUUGGAUGAUUGAAGGUAAAUUCAAAGCGAUUAACAGCAGUCGCAGCUUGAGAAGUUGUACUCGCUCAAAGGCAAAUUGUACCAUCUAAUUAAGAAAGAAUGACACAUUAUUGUAAUGCUGCAGAACACAAUUUGUAGAUUUACAUAAUUUCGACUCGUGGAAAUUUUUGUAAUCUGUGUUAAUGCUGUUGCUCUUGCAUCAGUAUAGACGACAGAAAUGAAAACUAUGGAAACCGCAAAAAUAAUUAAAUACAAUCUUUUGGUGAUGAAAAGUUCACCAAAGUCAUAGAAUUUGACAGCUUCUGUAUAGGUAGACAGGGAGAAUUCAGAUUCGGUAUGGUGCGUAAAUAUAAAAGACAUUUUUUUUCGUUUUGUGUUGAGCUCUUUUAAUCGAAGUCGUGUACGCAUUUGAAGUUUUCAGUUUAUAGGGUAAUUCUCAGCACAGAUUUCAUUCACUGAUCCUUUUUUUCUACCACUCAGGAUGACCACUUAUCAGUAGGAAUCCUUAUGGUUUACACAUGUACAUCAACAGGAAAGCUUUUUAUUAUUUUUUCCAGCUUGCCUCCAUACGCGGUCGUUACCGCACUAUGAGUAAUGAAGAUCAGGCCAGUCCAGAUAGUUUCAUAAUGGGAUUCACUAACCCGAUCACAGAGAGCUCAGUGGAUUGUUUUGACAAGGCUGAUGGUAAAGUUACUAUUUUGGGUUACAGGCCACUCCGAGAGGACGCUGACAAAUAUGGCUUUAAAGGUAAAAUAUAUGUUGUGUUUCUGUUGGGAAAACUUCGAAAAUCGAGGGACAGUGCGCGAGAAACUAAUAUUUUCUCUAUCUUACCUAAAUUAGAGAUCUCUCGUCAAAAAGGAAAAGGAGAAAAAAAAACAACAACAACUAAAUCACUGGCCGAGUAACAUACCUUCUCUCUGAUGGCACUUUCUUGAUUGUGCUAAAUUAACAGUAGUGUGACGUUUCGUAGAACGAUAGUUUGGAUUUUCUUACUCGAUUCACUUUUUUUGCUGUAAUGUGUUGGUAAUGAUUACUGAUACAAGAGAAAAUGAGUUGAUUUUAUGGAUUUCUAACUUUUGUUACUAAAGGGUCCUUUUUUUGUUUCCGAUGGAAUAUUUUUGUCGUUGUAUCUAGCAACUAUAUAACACCAAAUAUCUUCGUUCAGUCAACAGAAAACGUAGCAAAAUUCAAAAUUUUAUCUCGUUAAUAAUUAGGAGGUCUUCUGAUCAGUGUUAGGGCGCCGCUCGUCACUUCAACUCAUUUUCCAUCGGUGCGCGUGCCUCUUCGUUCGCUCGUGCGCUUACUUUUUCCGUCAUCAAUAGACACACCUGCGCAUGUUUAAUGACAAGUCUGAAUAACUUUCAGGUUACAGCCAGCACUUCAAACAUAUGUUCCCGCGGGAUCGUUUGAUGUUUGGUACUGAACUCGGGACUGGGUGGUUUGGAAAGGUGAGUCUAAAAACAAAAACAAAACAAAACAAAAUCGGUAGAAACAUCAUAGUUGACCUCAAAACGGUUGUCUUUUCACGGUAUCGUUUGGUUGGUGUAAUGCGCACGUCUUUCCAGACAUUUUAAGAGAACAUUAUUAGCAACAACAGGUUCUAAAAUAAUUGUGGUCUCAUAUUGUUAACCAUUUUACAAUUGAAAUGACACAUACCCUCCAUUCCCUUAAGGUUUACGAAGCAGAUGCACUUCGCGUUAAAACAGGGUUGAGAAAAACAAAAGUGAUGGUGAAAGUAAGUAGAUUUGAACCGUUUCUGUAAGACUAUCUUCCUUCAUAACAUGUAGUUUGUAGAACUUGAAUAAGUCACUGUGGUGUUGUUUAACUGAUUCGUUUUGGACUCAUUCAACUCAAGGAACUGCGCAAACAUUCUGACACAAAAGCCAAGGAAAGUUUCCUCAAGGAAACGGAUGUUUUAAGGUUAGUAACUGAAAUCAACAAAUGUGUCUUUUCUCUCAUUCCCCAAAAAGCUGUGAAAAAAAUGUCUUUGUCAUUUAUUUCAAAGAGUUCGAAAGUUUGACGGAAAGUUGGCCUUUUUUUGGCAUUGGUUUAUGAAAUUGGAAAGUUGAAACAAAAUACUAUUUAAUGCCGUCUGACCAAACAGUAAUUAUCUACCUCAACUUCACCUAGCGUGACUAAAUAUCAUAAUUAUUUACAGUGUUUAAGGUGAACACUAUAUGAUUUUUAUUCCAAUUUUUCUUUCAAUCAAAUAGGUGCGUUGAGCACAAAAACGUUUUGAGUGUUUUAGGACAGUCAACAGAGCAGGAACCAUUUCUGGUCGUUUUGGAACAUUCUCCUUUGGUAAGAUAGAUAUCUAUGUUGUAGACCUCCUUCAAAUGCUUAUAGAAAUUCUUCAUUUGUUGAAUAUCUUUUUUGUUACCUAACAGGGAGACUUGAAGAAAUUUCUUCUGGAUGAACGUUCCAACAGGAAGCAGGAUGGUGUUCCGCUACCUUUGCGCAUGUCUAUUGAUAUCGCCUCUGGACUUCAUUGCUUACAUGCAAAUUACUAUUACCAUAGGUGUGUGAGUUUUUCUUGUGUAUACUAACGACUACCUGCAUAUAAAGAUUAAAUUAGUCGGAAAACUUAGUCAAGAGAGAAGAUAAUGCUUGAGAAAUGGGGUAACAAAUCUUUAUGGGGUCUUACUACAUUGCUUCAGUAUUAAACUUGCAUUACGUACCACGCUGACAGCCUCUUACCGUGUAACGUGAAAGACUCGGGUUUUAUUUUGCGACUAAGCGGUUUUCGAUUUUGAUGGAGCAAGUUAUUGCAGUUUGAGACGACUGGAAGCAGUAGAAUAUUUACGUGAAAAGAAGCGUGAUAUUUUUAAAUUUUCUAACUUGAAGAUUACGAAUGGACACCUUAUUUGCUUGCAGAUUUAUUAAUUUAAUUGUGUCUUGUGAAUUUUGCGCCUAUUGUUUUGUGGGAUUUUCUUUCGGCUUAAAUUUUGUUUCUGCGAAUGGACGACCUUCUACGAAAUCCACAAAAAUAUAAACCCUGUUUUUUUCUGUAGCGAUGUUAAACUCCGUUUACACCUGUCCCGAACAUUCUGGCAAAUUUUCCUGUUGUUGAAUAACCUGCAAGCGACCUUUUCUUGCAGUUUGUGGUCGGGCUCAGUAGCUUUUGAUCUCUCUGGUUCCUGUGAUAACUGCUUUCAGCGAGUUUACUUAACUUUUAUUUACUACAGCUAUAUUUUGGGUAAUUAUUACUUAAUGAUUUGCAAUUUUGUUUUAGUGACCUUGCUGCGCGAAACUGUUUGGUGUUUCCUGAUUUGUCCGUGAAAAUUGGUGACUAUGGAAUUGCAAGAUGUAAUUACAAGGUGAGAUAGGGUCAUAUGGUUCAAACCUCGUGGAAAGCCUGAAUUUUCUUCAACAUUUAAGUUCUGCAAUUCAGUAACACUUCUGACAAUCAUUCAUGUAUUUUAAGUUUCAAGUGCACGCUUAUUUCAAUACUUUUAAAGUUUAGGCCCAAGCGCAAAGGCACUUUUUUUUGUCUCAAAAAUGUUUUGCCAUCUUGAAAUGUGCAUUCCUUGGAGACAGACUUCACUUUAUGAGAUUGAAUUUUAUAACCAAUGUCGUUGCGUUUUGGUAAUGACUGAGAGUUUUGAAAAGCGUGGUUUAUGUAUGGUUUCAGAAUGACUACUAUAACAGACCACAAGCCCCAAACACCAUCCCUAUUAGAUGGUUAGCGCCAGAGUGUGUGGCCUUUCAAGAAGACGGAACCUUGGUGAAUAAACUACCAUCAAGUCAGGGAAAUGUUUGGUGAGUAGCAGUGUAAAGUUCACAGACUUGGUCAGCUGUCUGUGGGAAAAGGAGGAUUCAGAGUUUUUGUAGAACUCGUGGAACAUAAGGGGACCAACCAAGGCGUAGAUUGGACCAUUUUGUUUCUCAUCCAAUCGUUUACAGAGUCAGGAGACACGUGACGUAAGCAUUAUAUCCCCCUUCCCUAACCCACUUCCUUUUGUGAUGGUGUAGCAGACUUUUGUCAAAGUUAGGUUUGAGAUUGACCGCUUUCGCGCCGAUUUACUAUAGCCAUCAGGUGUGGGCUAACUUACUGCUCUUUGUUUCACCAUCGUAGAACAGAAUAUAAGAGAUUCGGUGGUUUUACGGAUAAGUGGUCUCCUACGAUGUAACAGAGAGUAGAGAGGCCUUGAAUCUGUUGAGAAAGUGCGAGUUUGAUAUUUGUUGAUUUUGCAGGUCAUUUGGAGUAACACUUUGGGAAAUUGUAGAAGGUGGUAAGCAACCAUAUGAACACUUGUCAGAUGAAGAAGUGUUACAGAGUGUGAUACAAGAUCAGCUGUAUAAGCUGCCUGAACCGCACAACAAAGGAAAUGUUCUGUAAGUGCCCACUGCUUAUCUUGAUCAAAAUUUGUGUUAAGCUCUGAACUCAGAAAAUCCUGUGUGAACAAAGUAAGUGAACCACUGAUUGGUUUUGAGUAACGCUAGACGUGAAAAAAAAAAGUCAUCGGCUAACUGUUUAGAAUUAUCAUGUAUGGCGAACUGCAAUGAAGUUUAGAAGUCUUGGGACUUUUAACGUGAUAUAACUGAAAUCGAAUUCUUCCUCCCCUCCCCCCCCCUUCAAACAAUACCAAGACGUAAUUACUGUUUAGUUUUACCAACAUUCCAACAUUGUUGGAUUGUUGGGGGGGGGGGGGGGAGGUUCUGUGUACACACCUGAAUUGGCAAAAAGUGCUCUUUUGUAAUAUAUUUGGAUAUAAGAUAUGUUUUCAAUUACUGUAGAAAGGAGACCUAGAGUCUCAGAGUGGUUUCGUAUUUAAAUGCCUUCUAUAUUAGAGAGGAAGAUUGGGGUCUUCAAGUCGUGGUAACUCUUCCCAGGGUCAUUAAAUGGUUAAUGAGAUUUUAAAUUCUUACUUACGUGGAUCAGUAAAUUCUUAUCACAAGUGAUGUAAUGAACUACAGCAAAUAUUUCGAAAACAUCGAGUAUUUACAAAUUACUAAUUUCAAAGUUAUUUGUGAUCAUGACGUAAAAUGUUGUCUUUUUAGUUUAUAUUGCUUGGAUAACUAUGUGACGGUGGCAUAGGGCUGAGAUGAAGUCUCUCGUUAAUAAUAGGCUUCACGUCCAGCCCUCUACUUCUGUUACAAAUCUUCCUUUCGCAUAAAAAGAUGAUUUAAAAAUGUUGCUUUUAAACACGUGUGAUCUUAGCUUUAAUGUAAUAAAGGCAUUUAGCAACAGCACAUAUUUUUUUUCGUAUAAUUUACGCAGGUUUUGCACCUAGAAUUCGCGGGUAACCAUUUAAAGUCCUCGGUUUACUCAGACCUCAUCCACAUCCCAUUCGAAAGUGUGCCCUGAAAAACACCCUUCUUUUGCAGAUAUGAGCUGAUGCUUCAGUGCUGGGUAGAACCUGACAGAAGACCUUCGGUCCAAAAACUCGAGUCAACGCUGAUGUCUUUGAUGUCGGGCCACUCUGUACCUUGUCUUACGACCAGUGAUAACGUGAAACAACGAACGGCACUUCUCGAGAGUCAAGGUUUGUUUGGCUGUUACCGAUACUGACUUGAGCAGAAUUGGUAUUUUCCGAAAAAAGAAAAACAUUGCACAAGUCUCUUUGUUAGCGAUAUAUUUAACUGACCGUGUUAAGUAGCUCGUUCCUAAGCUAGAGUUUGAGGUUCAUUUGGCGGCGGACUACUUCAAGCAUUUAGUUCCGCUCAUGUUUUCCUUAAAACUUAACUCUUUGACCUCUAAGAGACUAAUUUGUCCUGACAGCAUCACCGCUGAAUCAAACAUCAAGGUCGUAAGAAAAAUGGAAAUGAUCUUCAACUAAAAAAGCUCUUGACUUAUUAUUAUUAUUAUUUUUUAUCAAAUUCUCGUAGUCAGCACUCUAGGAAGUGUAUGGAGAAUAGUUUGGAGAACAUGCAUACUGAUGUUAGGGUGGAAGGUUUUACUGUUUGACUUGUGUUGUCAGAUGCCAAAUUAAUAAAUUGCAUUGUUGAAAGCAGAAUUGUUAAUUGAAAACGUCAUUUUCACCUUUGAUUUUAGCUUCUCCUGACACUAAAAGUAACGCACAGCCGAUCGCCGUGGUUCGUCCUCUUCGCCUCGAACAAGAUGAACCAAAUUCUAAUCAUAACGAAGUCCACCAGAUUAACUCUAACGAUCAUGAACAGACUUCAUCCGAUGUGGAAGUAACUAUUAUUUCUUCAGAAUCACCACCGCCAGUCACAUACAUCGGAAAUCCCUCGGAAGAACUCGGGGAUCGUUCAGAAAAAGCCGAAAGUCCUUCAUCGGAGGUGUCAUGUGUGGAUUCCCAAACGUCAGUGAUCGUACAUCCAGAGGAUCAUGAGUAUGUGAUGGUGCCUGGUGAAGUCAUCCGUAGAAGAGGAUCCAUUUUGAAGAAUCCGAACGCCCCAGUGAGUGAUUUUGAUAAUUCCUACAUUCUUUGAGAGCGAGUUAUAUUUUGGUUUCCAAUAGUUUGGAAAAGAAUUGAAAGCAGAGUUCGUUGUGAAUAUCACUGAGGUUUUCGGUUUGUAGCUUCUUUUGCUAAUUCUUCUUUUUUCCUGAAUGGAUACUCCCUCCGCUAGAACUACCUCUUUACGUUGCCCAAAAUCCACCAGCUACAGAAAUAACAACUUUUGGACUAUUCCUUUUUUUGUCAACAGUGGUGUUGAAAUGUAGUGAGUAACUUCUCAAAGGUUGUGAGAGGAAAAGCUGGUUUUUGUCUCGUUUGUAUGUAUGGUACUUUUAACGGAAUUCCCGUCUAUCCCCUCUGCAUUAACAUUGAAAAUCACAACAGUGAUUGAAUAGAAAUGCUUACACAUCUCAUAUAUUUUUCUUUACUUCUCUUCCUUCCAGUCAAAGCCUCCCAAGGUGGUUCAUUUUCCAGUCAACAUUCUUGCCCUGCGAACUGUUCACAAGUAUGAAAGGAUGGACUCCUUUGAAGAGGAUGAAGCAGACGCUAACCCUAGAACAGAUGACGAAGACGGAGAAGAGUCUGGGGGAAGCAAAUCUAAGUUUCCUGCAGAAAAAGACUUUGAAAGCCUUCGUUCAGAAUUAACUGCAGUCAACAGGACAGAUUUGGCUAACGAACCGCCAUUAUCGCCGACUGAAAAGAAGAUUAGAAUGGCUGCUCGGCGGAAGAAACUGCUCGAACAUGGCGAUAAAGAGUGGGUAACUGCAGUGGAAUCGAAUCCAGACCAACCUGCGUAGGGUUUGGAAGAAGUUUGUUGGACUCCUCGUUAAGGACCAAGCAGUAAGGUGAUCCCAACCGAUGAGCGUUUGGAGAUGGCGGCAAAGUGCGACAAGACCGUAGCGAUCAAAUUUUGCACCAAAAUUGUGACUAACGUAGUUUAACGGUAGAUCGAUAGACCCAGACUGACUUCCAUCGAAAAAGUUAGUUUAUUAAUACGAGUGGCUCCUCUCUGAAACACUGCAGUAUAUUUCAUUAGAGUUUUGAUAUCGGCCCCAUUUGAUUGUUUAGAAGGUCGAUUAUAAUCAUCACAUGAUGUGAAUCAGUAUUUUGGAUACAAGGUUAACUGUACCGCUAGAAUUCAGAAUAUUGGUACUUUCAAAUCGAAAAUACAAUUACAGUUUAAGAGGAAACGCAUCAAAAACCCUUCAUUAAGUAAUGAAUAUUGUGUGUCAUAUCGAAAAUCCUCAUGCUGUGGAAAAAUUUGAAAAUGUUUUUAUGGGCUUUCAUCUAAAUUCGCCCGUUUUAAGCUUGAUUUCGUUGGUAGAAUUGUCUUUGUUACAGAAAUCGUUUGACUUUCAUCAAAUUGAUAUGCACAUGGUGUUUUAGUCGUAUAACUUCUAUAUCGAACAAGUUUGCACGAGUAUUUUAUCGAAAACGUGAUUGCAAUUAUGUUGAUCACAUCACACUUACAUUGGAGUAUAUUUUCUUAAUGAGUUACUAUGAUAAUUUGCUUAAAGAAAGAGAGAGAAUUUAUGUGCAAAAUUUUAGUAAAAUAAAGGAACAAGUUCUUUGU